AUGCCCAGGGCCAAGAGGAGGGAUUCUAUUGAACGAGGAUAUGAUGAAGAGGGCGAUUUUUUAAUUGAAGAAGACCAAGAAGAUCGUUUUGACGAAGAAGUGGGGAGUUCUGAUGGGCACAAUGAGUAUUCGUUUCCUGAAGAGGAUGAAGAGGAAUAUGAUGAGGAUCAUUUUCCAUUCGACGAAGAUGGGGAGAGAGAGUUCGAGAAUUCCAAUGAAUACCCUAACGAUGAUAGUGCAGAUAUUGAAGACGAAAUAGGACAUCGUAGGGGAUUUGAGGGAAGAAGGCCAAACUCUUUGCAAGAAUUAUUGGGAUCACUGGCACAAAGUAUGGAAAGUGAGCGACAAAGAAUUAACCCAGAUCAUAGUGAAUCAACUCGUCGUGUUAAUUUAGCUGAUGUCUUUCCUGAAAUGUUUGGAGUAAUGGGUGGUCCUGUACGUUCUCAAAACCCAAACAGUAGAAUCCUAAGGUUGGUCCAAAACGUUUCUAAUGCACAGGAGGAUCCUUAUAUUGCCAUGGAAAGCUUGAGAGAAAUUUCUGAGCAGCUGCUCAUGAUGAAUCCUUUGACCGCUGAGCGCAUAAUCCCUCAGGACGAGCUUCUUAAAGCUAUAGUACAAAUUUUAUCAAGUCCUUUUUUACAAGGUGAGCUUGACUUGCAAUUGAUUUCCUGCAGAUGCCUUUACAACUUUUUUGAAGUCAAUCCUGACGUUAUCACUGCGGCUGUUGAAAAGGAUAUUAUUCCUGCUCUACAAGAUAAGUUGACCGAAAUAAGUUAUAUUGAUUUAGCUGAGCAAGUUCUAGAAACAUUGGAAUUCAUAUCAAGAUUGCAUGGCGCAGAAAUUUUGAAAUCAGGUGGUCUAAAUGCGUGUCUCCAAUACCUUGACUUUUUUACGACUCACGCCCAGAGAAAGGCGGUUACUAUAGCAUCAAAUUCCUGUGCCAGGAUUCGUGUGACCGACUUUGACAAUAUUCAGAAGGUAUUUCCUUCGUUGAAGGAGGUGUUCAUCAGUGGUACCGAUCAUAUUAUAUUAGGGAAAGUUCUGAAUGCAUUUUACGGGAUCUGCGGCGGACUUAGUAAAGAAGGACGCAUGUUAGAAACAAUAUUCGAUUUCGACUUAAUUGAAAGGUUUAUGCAGCUUAUACGGAGUCCAGAAACGAGCUUAGAAGGUAAACUGAAAUCAUUAGACAUUUUAUCUCAGAUUGCUGCCACUAGUUGCUCACUAUCAAAACAGAUUAUUGUAUCAGGAAAAGUCAUGAACAUGCUCAAUGGCUGUCUCAAUGAAUACAAAAAGUCCUCGGAUUCUCCGCUACAUGAAACAUUGAUGUUUGUUCCGAAGCCACUUCUUACAAGCAUUUCUCGCUUUGUGGUGUUGCUUUUACCUGCAGAAGAAGAACAGGUACUUUCAAUUGAUGCACGAAAGAACGUCGACUUAUCCGAUAUUGAUGAUCAUCUGACCCUCUUGGUCAAAGAAAUAUCUCCCGUAUUGGUUGACUUCUUUACCAAUACUGUAGAUUUUGAUAUCAGGAGAUACGUUUUGAUUGCUUUCGCUAGAAUCUCAACAUCCCUAAGAUCUUCAAAUGUUUCUAAUAUCGAUAAAAAUGUUAUUGGUAUGAUUGCCUCCAGUCUUACACAAAACAAGUACAUCUUUGAAAAUAGCAAUUGCCACGAUAUGAAAGCCGGUGCAUUAUUACUGGGAAUUUUAUCAUUAACAUGUAGUUUAGUGGCAAAAUAUGCUACAGAAUUUUUAUUGGCCUUUAAAAGGGAAGGUAUUUUUGACCUUCUCAAAUCGCUUUCUGAAAGCCUCGUGAAUUCUGAAGAGAUAAAUGACAAUUCUAAUGAUAGCUCUAUUUAUGAAGAUGAUGACACCCAAACUCAUGAUGCAUCUAACAGCGAUGACGAUUAUGAAAUGGAGUUUGAUGAUAUGGACAUCCCAGAUCAAGUAAAGCCCAAGAAACUGACGUUUAAUAUUUUCAAAAAAUUGAGACUAAACUAUCUCAUAACUGAAAUUACAGCAUAUAUCAAUUCUCUCAGCCAACUGUCUCAAGGAGGUGAAUCAGCUAUGGAUGAAUUGAGAGACAUUGAUGAUUUGGUCCUUGAGUUGCAAUCAAUGAAACAUUUGCCCGACUCUUUUGAGGAAUGGUUCCAGCUUUGGCAGAAAGUAAGGUUGAGUAUCUUUCGGCCUCAUUUCAACAUAUCCAGUUUUGAGUUUAUUUCGACUGGUUUGGCUAAAGCGAUGGCAAAUUUAAUUCCCUCGACUACUCUUCGAUCUAACGUGUACCAGAGCUCCUUAGUGAUGGCCUUCGGUGAUAAACUUGCAGAUUUCGUCCAGAUUUUACAAUCCGCUUUGACUAGAUUAGAAUCUUUCGAAAUAGUUGAGUGUGGUUUACAAGGGGACGAAGGUAGAGCAGGUUCCUUGGGUAAGCAAAUGAAAAUCAAGCUUGAAUAUGUCGGUGAUCUCAAGGAGGAUAAAGUGCCCGUUAAUAUCCAAUCGAUAGUUGUCGCAAUCCAUUGCAUUGCAUCAUUCAAAUCUUUGAACGACUUUUUGAAGCAUCGAAUAAUUCAGUCCCAGUUUUUGAAUAGUUUACUUCCUGGACUAUCGCAUGCCAACAUAAGUCAGGAAGAUCUACAAAACUGGAGGUUCGAAUUUUUCAUAAGUGAGAAGCCAGUUAAGUCCGCUGCAACGGUCUUUGGCACAGUUUUUAACGAAUAUGUCAAAGAUGGGAGGGACACGUCAGAAAUUUGGAAUGACAUUCAGACAAUCAAAUAUCGGAAAGUUGAGAAAGUUCAAGAUGAUACCAGUGUCACUGAUCUCUAUCCCUUGAUAGCUUAUGAAACACGGCAGUGGAAUCCAGCUGAUGAAAUUAUGAAGUUACUGGGAUGUGCAAAGCAUAGUUCUCUGCGGGAUGAGAACUUUGUUAAUGCUAAGCUCAGUGCAAAACUUUCACGCCAACUUGAAGAGCCAUUAGUUGUUGCCGGAGGAGCCCUACCUACGUGGACAUUGUAUGUCACACGAAACUUCCCCUUCCUCUUUCCGUUUGAAACAAGAAUGUUCUUUUUGCAAAGCACCUCUUUUGGCUAUGGAAGGUUAAUACAACUGUGGAGAAACCGCACGAAUUCUGAUAAGAAUGCAGCUCUUGACUCAUCGUUACAGCAAUUAGGAAGACCAACACGUCACAAGCUUCGCAUAUCGAGGAAGACUAUUUUCCUCAGUGCGCUGAAAAUCAUCAACAAAUAUGGUUCGACACCCAAUAUCUUAGAGAUCGAGUAUCAAGAUGAAGUUGGAACAGGUUUAGGACCAACUCUAGAGUUUUAUGCGGUGGUUUCGAAAGAGUUCGCGAGAAAAUCUUUGGGAAUGUGGAGACAUGAGAACUGUGAUUCGCAUGAUCAGAAAGAAUUUGUGGAUACAUCGUUAUUUCCCGCUCCCAUUUUGGCGAGUAAGGACGAGGAUCGGAUUGUUGAGUUAUUCAAGCAUUUAGGAAAUUUUGUUUCCAGAUCUAUGUUGGAUAAUCGUAUUCUGGACUUCCGUUUUAACAGAGCAUUUUUCGAGAUAACUCAUUCGGUUUGUAGAGGAGGCACACUUGAUUUGGAUGAUCCAAAACUGCUUUUGGGCUUACUAUCCUUAGUGGACAACCAGAUUGCGAAGUCUUUGGGAUAUUUACUGGACCAGCAGGAGCAAGAGGACUUUCAAACUAUGUGCCUCACAUUCACACUUCCUGGCUACGAUAUUGAACUUGUUGAAAAUGGAAGAGAGGUGAUUGUCGAUUCAAGCAAUGUUCAGGAAUAUAUAAAGAAGGUUAUCGAUCAAAUGUUGGUUACAGGCAUCGAGCGACAAGUAAAGAGCUUCAUUGAAGGCUUUUCAAGGGCAUUUCCAUAUUCGUCGCUCUUGAUUCUUACACCAGAAGAGUUGACAAGACUUUUUGGCCAAGUUGAAGAAGAUUGGUCGACAGAGACCCUUUACUCUUGUAUGAAUGCAGACCAUGGUUAUACGAUGGACUCGCCCUCAGUCAACGACCUAAUACUUGUAAUGACCACAUUCUCACUAGAAGAGAGGCGACUUUUUCUCCAGUUUUUAACUGGCUCCCCAAAGCUUCCCAUUGGUGGCUUCAAAAGUUUGAAUCCGCGUCUAACGGUAGUCCUCAAGCAUCCUGAGGAGGGUCAGAAACCUGAUGAGUACUUGCCAAGUGUCAUGACGUGUGCUAACUACUUGAAACUCCCGAAAUAUAGCAACAAAGAGAUUUUAAGGUCACGAAUCUCACAGGCUAUGAAUGAGGGUUCUGGGGCAUUUCUACUUUCUUAA